UGUGGCAGUUAUAAAGAACACAAUUGAUCCUAACAUUUUGGGUUCAAUUGGAGAGUGUGAUUCAGCUGCUGAGUACCUUGCAAAGAUAAAGAACCAGUUUACUGGUUCUUCAAAGACUUAUGCUACACAGAUCAUAGAGCAGUUGAUCACAAAGAGGUACUAUGGCAAUGCCGGUACAAUAAGAGAUCAUAUCAUGGGGAUGUGCGCUUUGAACUCCAAGCUCAAACCAAUGAACUUGGAUCUCAAGGAAGAGUUUAUGGUGCACCUGGUGUUCGCCUCUCUGCCAAAAAAGUUUGCAACAUUCGUUGUAAACUAUAACUCACAGCCAGAGAAGUGGAACAUGGAAAAGGCAAUUGCCAUGUGUGCACAAGAGGAAGAUAGACUCAAGAAACAGAAUGGUGGGUCUGUCAAUUUUGUGCAUAAUAACAAGAAAAGGCCUUUCCAUGUUGCUUCUUUCUCUAAAGCUAAAGACAAAGCCCCUAUGCCACAGAAGUAUCAGCAACAGCGUCAGCAACAGCGCACUCCAGCUCAAGAUGAGUGCUUCCACUGUUUUGACAAGGGGCAUCGCAAAGCAGAUUGUCCCGCUUAUUUAAAGAUGAUAAUGGCAAAGAAUGGGAUUCCGUUCGACAAGGACUACGCUAAGAAGCGAAAGACAAAUUAAAGUCGCGAAUGGAGUACAAGCAGAUGUGGAAGCUGUUGGCGAUGUCUCCCUCGAGCUAGUUAAUGGUUUCAUGCUUGUAUUAAAAGAUGUUUUAUUUGUUCCUUCGCUUCAAAGAAACUUGAUCAGUGUAUCACGCUUAGACACAAAUGAUUUUGGUUGUCAUUUUGCGAAUGGCAAAUGUGAACUAUGGUUUGAUAAUAAUUGUAUUGGUGAUGCUGUCCUUUACAAUGAUCUUUAUU